UGGUUCGUCUGUGGGUGCUGCUGUCCUGUCUUUCUCACACACCCCCAGGACUUUUGGAUUAUGCCAUGGGAGGUGCCAGCUCGGGAAGCUUAACUCCUGACUUGGUGACCCGUACCGUAGCGUACGCUCUCACCUCUUCCUCUUCGCCUUCCCUUCUUCUUCUCCUUCUUCUUCUUCUUCUUCUUCUCUUCUUCUUCUCUUCCCCCACCCCCCCUCUCCCGUCCCCCCCACCCACCACCCCCCGGCACAAUAAUACACACCUAUCAAUACCUACCUCAAGUACGUCAGACAGCAAGGACGCAUACAAAAGAGCUUUCGUCGAGCAUAUUUUGUUGCCCUAUUACUCUGUACCCUAUCUACUAUUCAACCUCCGAAGCGACACGCUAUCAUCCGUCCCCGACAAGUUCACUCUUCGUCGCGACUCGCUAGCCCCCGAUGUGAGUAACAACCACUACCCUCUACUCAUCCGACGACCGCGACCGCGCUUCGGCAAAAGUCCCCAAAUAAUUUCCCUUGUUGUCGUCGGACUCGAGCUCUCUCUCCUUGCCAUGUUGUUGCUACGUACUGCAGCAGCAGUCUUAUUGGCUUCACAUCAAAGGCCCGUUUGCGCGCGCAUCUGCUGACUCGCUUUCUCGGGUUCUCUUCCAGUACAAAGCAAAUCCCUGUAGCUCAAAGCCUCUCCCGUUUCCCGCCUCCUCCUCGCCCUCGUCCUCGUCCUCCUCUACCGCUACUACUAUAACCACUACAACCACCACCACUACAACC